AAGCCCAAAUCUCCACUAUAUACCAACCACCUCCCCUCCGCCAUUGAAUUCCCAUUCAUCAUAUUUUUCAAGGAAGGGGAAGAAAGAAACACAAGAAAUACGGCAUCUGAUUUUCAGUUAUUAUUAUAACAAAUCAAUCAAAACUAAUUUGUAUUAUUUUGGUCUCCUUAUUUUCCCUUGUUUUGUUUUCCAAUCUUCCUUCCUUGUUAUAUGAUCUGUCUGGGAAUCAAAGAAUUCUUCAUCGUUAAUAAUAAUAAUAAUUUUAAUAAUAAUAAUAAUAAUCGGAGGGUGAAAUCGUCAAACCCUAUAUUUCAAUCCAAGAAAACCCCAUCAUCAUCGUCAUCAUCGCGUGUAUAUUGUUGUUCAAAUAAAAGUUUUUUUGCAAUUUGGAUGGCGAAAAGUGAGGCCGCCGGAGAAAUAAUGCUAACAUCCGGAGCAAGUGGGCGCGUAACAGCGCUCCUCUCCGUGCACGUGUUGAAGAGCUUCUUGAUGCUCGUUAACGCAUUCUUUCUGUUGCUAUUUUUCCCAUUUCGGGGACGGAGGCGAUGCCAUUCUCCGCCGCCGGAGAAGGGUGUGAAGGAGGAGACUGGUGGUGGUGUUAAUAAUCGACCGAUGAUGAGAGUGCCGGCGACGAUUGUUCCGUGGAAGAGUAGCGUGUCGGCUGCUGCGGUGGUGGUGGACCAUGAUGUGGCGGCGCGUAGGGCGCUUGCGAUUCGGAAAGUGACGGACGGUGGGGAGUAUUCCCGGCGGGAUUAUUCGCUUUUUGUGACGCCUAGAGGGGAGACCAUGUUUACCCAAUCGUGGACCCCAGUUUCGGUUAAAACUAGGGCGCUGGUGGUAUUAUUGCACGGACUCAAUGAACACAGUGGCAGGUAUGAUGAAUUUGCAAAGCAGCUGAACACACAUGGAUAUAAAGUUUACGGAAUGGAUUGGGUUGGACAUGGUGGUAGUGAUGGGCUUCAUGCGUAUGUGCACUCUCUUGAUGAUGCUAUCAUUGAUACGAAAGCAUUUAUACUGCACGUGUUGGCUGAAAAUCCAGGGCUUCCCUGUUUUUGCUUUGGGCACUCUACCGGUGGAGCCAUCAUUCUUAAGGCUGCACUUGACCCGAAAGUCGAAAAGUCAAUAGCUGGUGUUGUGUUGACAUCCCCUGCAGUUGGAGUCCAGCCAUCUCAUCCAAUCUUUUUGGUACUUGCACCAGUUUUCUCCUUCUUGUUGCCAAAGUUCCAAUUCAGUGCUGCAAACAAGAAGGGUGCCAUAGUUUCUCGCGAUCCAGCAGCGCUAGUCGCUAAAUACUCCGAUCCAUUGGUUUACACAGGAUCAAUCAGGGUCAGAACUGGUCACGAGAUUCUAAAGAUCACAUCUUAUUUGCAGCAAAACACCCGCAAACUAAAAGUACCGUUUUUUGUUCUUCAUGGGGCAGCCGACACCGUGACCGACCCAGAUGCAUCUUUGAAGCUAUACAAAGAAGCGUCAUCAGAAGACAAAAGCAUUAAGCUAAUCCCGGGGUGUCUGCAUGAUUUGCUGUUUGAACCUGAGCGGGAAGAGAUUAAGCGGGAUAUUAUAGAGUGGUUAGAUAACAGAGUGUGAGUAUGUUGAUGCUCUGUUUGUGUGUUGUGCAACUGUAAUAAGAAAUGUGUGUAGUGAUUAGAAAUAUUUGGGCUACAAUUGAUGUGCAAUGAGUUGAUGAUUUCUGGGAAAAAUGGUUCCAUGUGAUUGUCAUUUGACUGUCUUGUAGAUGUAUUUUGUACAGAUUUAACUAUGAAUCAUUUAACAUUUCUGUUAA